UCUGCCCCCUUCAGGUGAGCCCGAGGCCCGUGGCCCGCUGCGCCACACGCCGUGCAGGGAACGGGCCUUCUCCCUGCAGAGAGAGGCGGAUUUGCCGCUUUGGGGUAGAGAAUGUGCGGGUGAGGAAGAGAACCUGUCUUUCCUGAAAUAAUUCUGAAAAGCGAGAGAGGACAUCACCUUUUCCUAAAAGGAAGAGACCCCGGCCUGGUCCUUGGCUCCGUGCCCAGCGCAGACCCCGACUCCUGCACAGCUGGACACAGCCGACUCUUCCUGAGUCUCCCGGCUCCCAUUCUGUCCGUCACAGACCACGCACCACACGGUAGCCUGGGCCGACGCCGGACCUGGAGGGGCGGGCCAAAUGUCCACCAGAGCGGAAGCCAUGGCCACCAGGGGCGAGCACUCUGGGGGCACCAAUGUGUGUGUGGUGUCACCGCCGGCUGCGACCAAAGGCUUUUGUUCGGUCCGACACGGGCUGGCCUUCCUGUUGCACUUCUGCAAUUUUGCUAUGAACGCCCAAAACACGGCCUUGAACAUCACCUUGCCUGCCAUGGUGAACGCCUCCGCCCCGCCCUGCCCGGCCAACACGUCGGACGCCCGUGACGCCUGCAACGAGACCCUCCUGGGACGCCGGGCUGCAGAUCCUGUGUACGACUGGAGUCCUUACAUCCAGGGGGUCAUCCUCGGCUCCUUCAACUAUGGCUCGUUCUUGGCUUCGAUCCCCAGUGGCUAUGUGGCUGGAAUUUUUGGAGCCAAGUACUUGAUUGGCACUGGCCUGUUUGUCUCCUCCGUCCUGAACUUCUUCGUCCCAUGGGCGGCUGACACCGGGGUGGCUUUGCUCAUUGUCCUUCGGGCUGUCCAAGGCGUAAGCCAGGGUAUGAUAGUAUCGAGUCAGUAUGUGAUCUGGAUAAACUGGGCUCCCCCACUGGAAAGGAACCAGCUCAUCUCCAUCUCUGCCUCGGGCUCCAUGCUGGGCUCCUGCACCGUCCUCCUUGCCGGCGGGUUCCUCUGUGAGACGCUAGGCUGGACUUCUGUCUUCUACAUCUUCGGUGGAACUGGCUGCGCCUGUGCGUGUCUCUGGUUCUCGCUUGUGUAUGAGGACCCCGCGCACCACCCGUUCAUCAGCGCUGGAGAGAGGGACUAUAUCGUGCACUCGCUGGCUCAGCAGGACCAUGUGCCAUCCCUGUCCCUUCCCAUUAAGGCGAUGAUCAAAUCUCUGCCUCUCUGGAGCAUUAUGCUCUCCAUCUUCUGUGUGUUUUGGCAUGCUUAUGUCAUAUUGACAUACACACCAAUGUACCUCCACACUGUGCUUGAACUUGACUUCAAAGAUAGCGGAUUCCUGUCGGCCAUGGUAUUGGGCGCCACCUACAUCUACUCCAUCCUCGUGGGCAUGCUGGCCGACACCCUCCUCUCCAGAAAAAUCCUCUCCCUCAUUGUCCUCAGGAGGCUGUUCACAGCCAUAGGGGUCUCCCUCGCAAUCGGGUUCUCCGUGUUCCUGCCCUGGGUCAGCGACAGUCUUAGUGUCACCAUGGCCUUCCUGGUACUGAGCUUCACCUCCUUCAGCUUCUGCCAAGUAGGGUCCUUUGUCAACUUCAUGGACCUUGCUCCUCGGUACACAGGCGUCCUCAAGGGGCUGUCACAGUUUUUUAGUCAACUGUCCGGAGUCCUCGCCCCCACCGUUUCUGGAUUCCUCAUCAGCCAGGAUUCGGAAUCUGGCUGGAGGAACAUCUUCCUGCUCUCAGCAGUCAUCAACAUUCCCGGCCUGCUCUUCUUCCUCGCCUUCAGCCGCGUGGAAGUGCAGGACUGGGCCAGAGACCAGCCGCUCACCCGCCUGUGAGCUGCGCGUGAGGCCUGGGGCCGCGGGGCUGCGGGCCCGUGGACUGUCCCCUGCGGGCGGAGAGGACAGUCUGAAGCGCACAAAAUGUCGUUGAAAGAAAUGGAAGAAGAUUGAAACGAGCGGAAAAGCAUCUCGUGGGCACGGAUUGGAAGGUCUGACACGGUUCGAACGGCAGGACCCCUGCAACCAACACACAGAGGCAACGCCUUGUCUGUCAGCAUCGCAGCCAAACUGCUGUGCAGGCAUAGCUAACGAGGAAGUAACUUUUAGUAUUUGGAAAACAGAAAGAACCAGCCGUGUUUCAAAUGACAAAGUCGUAAAAUUACAGUCAUCUUCCUCAGUUUAUUCAGCCCCGUGAAAUUGAUUCUUGUUGACCUUGAUCUUUGUGAGAAGUUUUUUGACACCACUGAUUUUCCCACUAGGCUUCCGUACACUCUUACGCAGCAGCUCGGUGGUGUAAGGUGGAAAUUAUCAGCGCCUUACACUCUAGAGUGUUCAUUGGCUGCAUUUCCUGAAUUUAUCUGGAGAUAAAAUACUUUUGCAGGAACAUUAAAAGCAGAAGUUCAACUGACAAAACUUAAAGUGAUGACAUUUAAAAAUGGCCAUCAUCAGAGAUCUGAUGACGAGGUAUUUAUUGCGAUUGACAGGGAAAUUUGCUUAUUUCUGACAUAAUAUUUUCAGGCGAUUGGCAUUACGACUGAUAACAUUAUAUCAGGACAUAUCAGAAUUUUAAGAAUUUAAUAAAAUUUCUAGAACACAAAAUAUGUACCUAUACAGACACAAUGUAAAGAAGGCUUAGAAUUGCUUGUGUUUUCGCAAUGGCUCCCAUGUAAUAGAACCUGUCAGGCAAGCCUAACCAGUGCACUAUUUCCCUUUUGAUAAGGAGAGAGCGCAAAUCCUUUGAGGGUCUUUGGAUACCAAAAAAGAUCAAAUAGGUUUUAAUACACUUCAUCGAAUAGGAUUUUUGGCCUUUGUGAAACAAGACUUAUUUAUGUAACCAAAGUGACAACAAUUUCACAGGCAAAUACACAAAAUUACAUAGUUAUGAGCAAACCCAAAGACCUGGUAUACACAGGAAAUCUGGCAAACUGUAGAAUUCUUGGUGUGCUUUUUGGGGCAGCUUGCUUUAAGGUAAAAAUUAUAAUCUUUCAUCAAGGGCACACCAAUAAUCCAAGAAACUUUUGUCCUUCCAGUAAUGAAAAACUAAGUUCCAAUCUUACAUAAGUAUACUACUGAUAUUAAAGCUUAGUUUUAAAACAUUUAUAACAAUUUAAUUUUAGCCAACUUGACCACACAAGGUAAAAUUCUUUUUUUCCUCCCGUUUCCAACUUUGGUUUAAUUUGAC